AUGGUUCAAAAACUAUGUGAAAAUGCCAACAGACGGGCUAUAAGACCCAUUGAUAGAGAAAAGAUGAGGCCUUGGUUAAUGAAAAGAUUAGAUAAAAAUUUGAUAAAAGGUUUGGAAUGGAUUGAUAGAAAAAAUAAAAUAUUCCAAGUGACAUGGCGACAUGCUUCUCAUCACGAGUAUUCAGCCGACAGUGAUUCUAGUAUUUUCAAGUGCUGGGCUGAACAUACAGGUAAAUUUAAACCUGGUGAUAAAUGCAAUGCCAAGAAUUGGAAAGCUAAUUUCAGAUGUGCUUUAAAUAGUCUGAAAAAUGAUAUCAUGGAAUUAAAGGACCAAAGUGUCACAAAAGGUGGCAAUGCUGUUAGAAUUUACCAGUUUUUAGACGAGAAAUAUCAAGGUAGAUUAUUUGUAUAA